AUGGAACAUCUUUGUAGAAUUAACUGGAAAGAAAUUAAAAAUAGAAAAGAAUUAGAAAAGGAAAUUAUUGAUUGGUGUGAUAAAAAUUAUAGUGACAUUAAUGAAUUAAAAAGAGUUGAUGUUUUAACUUUAAUAGAAACACAUAAUUUAUUAGACAAUAGUAAAUUAUCAUAUGACCAAGAAUCCGGAUUCAGUAAGAUUGAAAUAACAAUUGAUGCAAGAGUGUUUUAUGGAAUUAAAUCAAAAUGGAAUUUAACUUUUAAUUUCCCAGAAUUUGGUGAACAUUGUAUUUCAUUACUUAUUUCAAGAUAUUAUGGAGAAAUUAGAAAAGAAGAUUUCUAUAAUUAUACUCAUGAUAUUACAAUUGCUUAA